AUGGAAAGUCCGAUCACUCUGAGCGCGCUUCAGAGUCGAUGGGCGGUGGUCGGGUCCCUCGCCAUCGUCGGCUACGACUAUUUCCUCACACUUGAUCGCGAGAUUCAGUACAUCUGGAAGAGGAAGAUCUCGAGUGCAAGCGUGAUCUAUAUCGUCAUACGUUACUCCUCAUUGGCCUCCAACGUCCUCACGCUCCUCAAUUUCUUCUCCUGGCCGGGCAAAUCAACACCAAAGUACGCACGCCGCCGCUCCCUGGUUAUCGCCAUUAUCGUGUGCUCUGCGGUGUUCUCGUCAUUGCGAGCGCACGCGCUGUGCCAACGCAAAAUCAUCUCCUACCUCAUUUUAGCGCUAGGGGUUGGGAACGCUGUUCCCUCGGUUUAUGGGGCGAUCAUGACUCGGGCCAGCUACAACCCAGGACCCGACAACAUCAACGCCAUGUGCAACAUGGAUUUCUCGCGAUUCACGGUCUUCCGCAAUGCACUCCUCGUUGUCAACGUCAUGAACCUUGCCUUCAUCGACAACCUUCAGCUCCUGUUCCUUCUCAUCGAUGCGCUCACUGUCACGACCGUGAUCUUGACCUGCCGCUUCGUCCUCGACUUAUUCGAAGCGAGCGCGAUCGCGCCCGCUGGCUCGCGCCCCACAGUACGCCUCUCGACCGUGCCCACUUCGCGGCCGACGCGCCCGCUCGCGCCCCGACACGUCGACGGUCCCGGCCCGACCAGCUCUUCACGAGGAAUUUUCGACAGCCGGCGCAGAAUGGAAGACAGCGAGAGCGUCUACAGCACCACGGAUGACUACGACUUCGAGCUCCAGCCUGUGAGCUCGAAAGGACGAAAAUCGAACGUGCGCCCUCUCGUAUCGGAGCCGUGA